AUGGUCACAAUUAGCGAAGUCAAAACCGGCUCGUCGCGCGAGAACCGCACGGCAGCGCACACACACAUCAAAGGCCUGGGCCUACGUGCCGACGGCACGGCGGAAAAAGUCCUCCACGGGUUCGUGGGACAGGAGCUAGCACGCGAAGCAUGUGGUGUGGUGGUCGAUCUUAUCAAGGCGAAGAAGAUGAGCGGACGCGCGGUAAUGCUGGCGGGUGGACCGGGAACAGGAAAGACUGCGCUUGCACUGGCAAUCUCGCAGGAGCUGGGGACGAAGGUCCCGUUCAGGCCGAUUGUCGGCAGUGAGAUCUAUUCGGCGGAGGUGAAGAAGACGGAGGCCCUCAUGGAGAAUUUUAGGAGGUCUAUCGGACUGAGAGUCAAGGAGACUAAGGAGGUCUACGAAGGCGAGGUCACAGAUCUUACACCCGAGGAGGCCGAGAACCCGCUCGGUGGUUACGGCAAAACGAUUUCGCACGUCGUCGUUGGCCUCAAGUCCGGCAAGGGAACGAAGAAGCUGCGGUUGGACCCGAGUAUCUACGAGAGCAUACAGAAGGAGCGAGUGGCAGUCGGCGAUGUGAUCUAUAUCGAGGCCAACACCGGCGCAGUAAAGCGUGUCGGCCGCAGCGAUGCCUACGCCACGGAAUUCGACCUUGAGGCGGAGGAAUACGUCCCCAUUCCCAAAGGCGAAGUCCACAAGAAGAAGGAAAUAGUGCAGGAUGUGACACUUCACGAUCUCGACGUGGCCAAUGCCCGCCCGCAGGGAGGCCAGGAUAUUAUGAGCAUGAUGGGCCAACUCACAAAGCCGAAGAAAACCGAGAUCACGGAUAAGCUCCGCGAGGAAAUCAACAAGGUGGUGGAGAAAUACAUCGACCAGGGUGUCGCCGAGCUCGUUCCCGGAGUCCUGUUCAUCGACGAGGUACACAUGCUCGACAUCGAAUGCUUCACGUACCUCAACCGCGCCCUCGAAUCCAAGAUCUCGCCCAUCGUCAUCCUCGCCUCCAACCGCGGGGUUUGCACAAUCCGCGGCACAGAUGGGAUCCAAGCCGCCCACGGCGUCCCCACCGAUCUGCUCGGCCGCCUCCUCAUCAUCCCGACUUAUCCAUACGGCGCGGACGACAUCAAGACGAUCGUACGGAUACGCGCAAAGACGGAAGGGCUCGAUCUCGACGACCCAGCUAUCGACGCUAUUGCCACGAUAGGUGUCCAGAGCAGUCUGCGGUACUCGCUACAACUCAUGACGCCGGCGAGUGUUAUCGCGCGUAGUGUGGGGAGGACAAAGAUUGAGCUGGGCGAUGUUAAGGAGUGCCAGGAGCUGUUCAUUGAUGCGUCUACGAGCGCGGGGCUAGUUGAGAAGGGAUCGGGUGCUGGAGGAUAUAUCUCAUAA